UCUGCCUCGCUCGUCCAUUCCACCUGUCUGUCGACGUCGAUCUCCAUCCAAGAGUCGCGUUUGAACGCGGCGCCCCGGUGGUGGCUGUGUUCCUCCGAUAUCCUCGCCUCCCUCAGCUCGCUCACCAACCACCUCCCGGCAGGAGUCAGCGAGCGCUCCCGCAGCCAAUCGCCGUUUGACCUGCCGCGCUCUCGUUCGAGACCCACCUACUACUGCGUGCAUGCGCUGAAGCCUACUAUAAAUUGCGCCGGGAGCCGACUCGUGUCGAGGCAUCGAAUGAUCAUCGACCUUGUACCCGCGCAAGCUAGGCAGGCAGAGUACACUCCCGCGCGCGUCUCGGUCGGCAAAUCCACGAUCAAAGAGUUACUAGGAAUGAAGAUCACCGUGCAGUCGUCGAGGGCGGUCCGGCCUGACUACGGCAGCGGCGGCGGCGCCGACGUCGUGCCGCUCUCGGUGUUCGACAAGGUGAACUUCGACACGUACGUCUCCGUCAUCUACGUGUUCCGCCCGCCGAUGCCGCCCAACGCCGCGCUCGAGGCGGGGCUCGCCAGGGCGCUGGCCGAGUACCGGGAGUGGGCGGGGCGGCUCGGCGCCGACGCCCGGGGCAACCGCGCCAUCCUCCUCACCGACGAGGGCGCGCGGUUCGUGGAGGCCACGGCCGACGUCACGCUCCACAGCGUGCUGCCGCUGCGGCCCACCAGGGAGGUGACGAGCCUGCACCCGAGCGGCGACGGCGCCGAGGAGCUCAUGCUCGUCCAGGUCACGCGGUUCGCGUGCGGGUCCGUCGCCGUGGGCUUCACCGCGCAGCACCUCGUCUCCGACGGCCGCGCCACCAGCAACUUCUUCGUGGCGUGGAGCCAGGCCACGCGCGGAGCCGCCGUCGACCCGGCCCCGGUGCACGACCGCUCGUCCUUCUUCGCGCCGCGGGACCCGCCGCAGGUGGAGUUCGAGCACCGCGGCGUUGAGUUCAAGCGGAAGCAGCAGCCGCCCCCGCGCGUGAGGAAGCCGGUCAUCAGCGACGGCGACGCCGACGCCGACGACGAGUUGGUCGUGCACAAGGUCCACUUCAGCCGGGAGUUCAUCUCCAAGCUCAAGUCCCAGGCGUCGCCGCCGGGCACGCACCGGCCGUGCAGCACGCUGCGGUGCGUGGUGGCGCACCUGUGGCGGUGCGUGACCGCGGCGCGCGGGCUCGGCGCGGGCGUGUCCACCAGCGUGUGCAUCGCCGUGGACGGGCGGGUGCGGAUGACCCCGCCGGUGCCCGAGGGGUACACGGGCAACGUCGUGCUGUGGGCGCGGCCCACGGCGACGGCGCGGGACCUGGUCACGAGGCCGCUGCAGCACGCGGUGGAGCUCAUCAACCGGGGGCUGGCCCGGGUGAACGAGGGCUACUUCCGGUCGGUCGUGGACUUCGCGAGCUCCGGGGCCGUGGAGGAGGAGGGGCUGGUGCCGACGGCCGACGCGGCGGAGACGGUGCUGAGCCCCAACAUCGAGGUCGACAGCUGGCUGCGGAUGCCCUUCUACGAGCUGGACUUCGGCGGCGGGCGGCCCUUCUUCUUCAUGCCCAGCUACGUGGCGGUGGAGGGCCUCCUCAUCGUCCUGCCGUCCUACUUCGGGGACGGCAGCAUCGACGCCUACGUCCCGCUCUUCAGCCGCCACAUCGACAACUUCAAGAACCUCUGCUACUCCAUGUCCCUCAACUAGCUCUGCUCUGCAUGCUGUCCUACUUGCUUGCCCUGCUGCUGCUGCUGGCGCCGCCGCAGCAAGCCAUGUAGAUGCACAUGUGCUAAAAGUUGGUUGUAUUUCAAUUAUAAGAUUCUUUUGAGAGAGAAAUGAAAUUUUGUUGAUCAUCA